AUGGCGGCCUCCAUGAAAUGCUGACGUGCAUAUUAUUAAACCCAUUGGAGGAGAAUGAGUCUGUUGGAAUAUGAAAACCAGAUAUUCCUUGAUGGAUAUCAUGAGGAUGGACUGACAGUUCUUGCAAAGGGUCUGGGUGUUGACAGGAUAUUUUUGAACUUCCUUAAAGUUUACAGUGAUGAGUCAAACUUGGUACUAGUUAUCGGCACAUCAUCGACAGAGGAGGAAUAUUUCCUAGAACAACUAGAAAAUGACAAUGUAAAACCACUACCCAGGGUGAUUACCAAUGAAAUAAGUGCAACUGAAAGACAGAAUGUUUACCUACAAGGGGGCGUGUUAUUCAUUACAUCACGGAUCCUGGUGGUUGACCUUCUAACUGACAGAGUUCCGCUGGAUCAUGUCACUGGAAUCCUGGUCUAUAAGGCUCACAGAAUCAAUGAAUCUGGUCAGGAGGCUUUCAUCUUACGACUGUUUAGACAAAAGAACAAGAAAGGCUUCAUCAAAGCUUUCACAGACAAUGCUUGUGCAUUCACUGUGGGAUUUGCUCAUGUGGAAAGGACCAUGAAGAAUCUGUUUGUCCGCAAACUGUUCCUGUGGCCACGGUUCCAUGCCAGUGUGGUAACCUCCCUGGAAAAACACAAGGUGGAUGUUGUAGAAAUCCAUGUCCAAGUGACAUCUGCAAUGCUGGCUUGUCAGACAGCUUUGCUGGAUCUUAUUAAUGCCUGUAUUCAGGAGCUUAAGAGAUGUACCACAGCUAUUGAUGCUGAUGAGAUCACCGUGGAGAAUUCUAUAGGCAGGGCCUUUGAUACGAUCAUCCGAAUGCAGCUUGAUCCCAUAUGGCAUCAGGUUGGACCCAAAACCAGACAACUUGUGUCAGAUCUAAAAACUCUUCGCCUCAUUCUCAGGCAUUUGACCCAGUACGACUGUGUAACAUUUUACAGCAUGGUGAAUUCGGUCAGAAGCAGUGAAAAGACAUUUGGACAGAAUACUGGCUGGCUGUUUCUGGAGGCUGCGGACAGUCUUUUUGCGCAUGCUCGUGAGAGGAUUUAUGGCCAAACAGAGAAAAAACAAAAGGGUGAAGAAACAAAAGCUGAGACGGAGCCUGUCUUUGAGCUCUGUCCUAAGUGGAAGGUGCUGUCCGAUAUUCUGAAGGAGAUUCGUGAGGAUAACAGCCAACUUGGGGCUGACCAGGACCCUGGCCGAGUUCUCAUUGCAGCUGAGGAUGACCGCACCUGUAGUCAGCUCAGAGAGUAUCUCUGUGAGGGAGGACAGAGCAUGGUGAUACGUUUGUUCAAUAAGUCGGUAGCUAUCAGAGGUCAGCAGUUGGAGGAUACAUCAAAGAAAGCCAAGUUUGAUCGAUUUGCCAAAGCACAAGGGAAGAAGCAGGAAAAGGCCAAGCCUAGCACAAAUGAUGCUGCCCUCACACUGACACAAAUGUUACAGAAGGAGGACAUGGAUGUAGACCUGGAUGCUGACAGCAUGCCUCCCGGCCCUUCCUGUACUUCCAAGGAUGCGUACUACGGGUUAAUUAAGGAGCCAGUGACAGUGAUCCACCCCCUCCAUGGCGGCUCUGACCAUAAAGGACUAACACGCACCUUACAGGAGAUCCAGCCCAGAUAUGUUAUACUCUAUGAUGCAGACAUGCAGUUUGUACGAGAGCUUGAGGUGUUCCGGGCGAGCCAGCCAGGAGUUCCUCUCCGUGUGUACUUUCUGAUGUAUACAGGGUCUGUGGAGGAGCAGCGCUACCUCACCACACUGAGGAAGGAAAAGGAGGCUUUUGAAUUCCUCAUCAGGGAAAAAGCAACCAUGGUUAUACCAGAAGAGCAGGAUGGGAAAUUGGAGGAUGAUCCAAACCUAUCAAGGGACAUAACUCCUGCUAAUGCCACUGUCAACACUCGGAAGGGUGGAUCUGUGCCAUCAAAUGUACAACAGAAGGUAAUUGUGGACAUGAGAGAAUUCCGUAGUGAGCUGCCGUCGCUGAUUCACAGACGAGGUAUCGACAUUGAACCUGUAACAAUUGAGGUUGGUGACUAUAUUCUUACACCAGAUAUCUGUGUGGAGCGAAAGAGUGUCAGCGAUCUGAUUGGAUCGCUCAGUUCUGGACGACUGUUCAACCAAUGUGUAUCAAUGUCCCGACACUACAAGAGACCCGUCCUACUGAUUGAGUUUGAUCCCAACAAAUCCUUCUCUCUCCAGGGAAAGUACCAGAUUUCAAAUGAUGUUUCAAUACAUGACACUAUCUCCCGUCUGGCCUUACUGACGUUACAUUUCUCCAAGCUCCGUAUCCUAUGGUGUCGGAGUCCGUACGCCACAGCCGAAAUCUUUCAGGAACUCAAGAUGGGACGUCCUCAACCAGAUGCAGUCACUGCAAUGGCUAUUGGGUCUACAGAGGACGGAGAGGAGUGGUCUGAUCAAUACAGCCACGGCCCUCAGGAUUUUCUGCUGAGAAUGCCUGGUGUUAAUGUGAAGAACUAUCGUCUCAUCAUGAAAAAAGUUCACAAUCUUGCAGAGUUACCUACCCUGUCAGAAGAGAAAUUGACAGAAAUAUUAGGAAAUUCAUCUAAUGCAAAAACUCUUCAUAAGUUUCUCCACUCUGAGCACAAGAAAGGAGAAGUAUCUGAGAAACUGAAUAAACCAUCUAAAACAGAUUUCAGACGAGGAUUCAAGCGGAAAAAAUGAUCUGAUCAAAUUAUUGUUGUAGUUUCAGGGAAUUUUCACACGUGGCCAUUUAAUAUACAGAACUAGAAUCCAUCCACUCUUUAACCCUUUCACCACUGUAGACCAUAAUGGACUGAUCCCAAUAAAUGCAUGGUAGAGUCCACUAAAGUUACCUAGGGGUGAAAGGGUUAACAUAAAUGAUAUUUUGGUUGAUAUUUCGAUUAAUAGCCGAGAUUCAGACUAGUUGACGUGUAUAGCUGUUUAUCAUUAUUGUUAUAUGUACAUCUAUUUAUUAUUGUAUAAUACUGCAGUUGUAUUGCACUCAAUCUUACCUCAGGAAUUCACUCUAAAUCAACUAAGAAUAAGUGUAACACUGUAAAUACACAUGAGAAUCUAUUUUUCUGGAAUUGCUAUACCUUUGAUAAAUAAUUUCUAAUAAAAAACAAUACCUUGCAGGACUUUUGUAAAAAAUAUUAAAGGUGAAUUAAACAAUAUACAAUGAACAACAGUGUUCUGAAUGUAAAAAUUCAUUAGGGCUAGACCAAGAUUCAAACCCUGGAUCUCAAAUUGUUAAACUGCUCUCUAACCAAUUUAACUAUCAGUGUCCUGGCACAACUGUCCUACAAUUACAUCAAAUAGAAGUUAAGGGGAGGUUACUGUAUAUAGGAAAACCACAGUGCAAUGAGACAGGGAAGGAAGUUAAGGGGAG